UUGACGCGUGUCUGUUGGUUAUCGAAUUUUCAGUGCAGUGGGUGAAGUGAUGUGUGAGUGAUAUUGAAAUGGGAUAAUGUAAGUUCGUGUGAAGGAUCAUCAGCUUGAAACUCGUUCGUUAUGCACCCAUUCCGAAGAGUCGGUAGCUCAAAGGAUGUGUAACGGACACUAGCCAUGAGUAUGGCUCUUCUGUUUGGAGCCUUAGGGGCUUUAGCCUUCAUUACGAGAACUGGAUGUACAGACAAUACAAAUGGUCUGGGACAAGAUGGUGUACCAGAGAUAGAGUAUACUGACAUUGACCUUGGGCUGACACAGAGAGGCCCUUAUUUUGACGUCCCCUACUCGAAGAACGUCACUGCCCUAGUGGGGAAGACUGCACAACUCAACUGUAGGGUUCAUAACCUCGGAAAUAGAACAGUAUCAUGGAUCAGACAUCGGGACAUUCAUCUACUGACUUCUGGGAGGAUGACGUACACCUCAGACCAGAGAUUCAUCAGUGUUCAUAACCCACAUACAGAGGACUGGAUCCUUAAGAUAAGAUUUCCGCAACGAAGAGACUCUGGUAUCUACGAGUGCCAGGUCGGAACCACGCCACCUAUCGGACAUCGGAUGUACCUCUCUGUUGUUGAACCGCUAACAACAAUACUGAAUGGACCAGAGCUGUUUAUCAACACAGAGAGCACCAUUAACCUCACAUGCGUUGUACAACACUCGCCGGAACCACCUCCAGCUAUUCGGUGGACACACAAUGACGAGGAAAUCAACUACGAUUCACCCCGCGGUGGUGUCUCGGUAAUUACGGAGAAGGGAGAAAUGACAACUUCACACCUUUUGGUUCAGAAGGCGCGGGGUACGGAUUCCGGAAGGUACACCUGUGCCCCAGCUAAUGCCAACCCCAGAUCAGUCCUCGUCCAUGUUCUUAGUGGAGAACACCCAGCCGCAAUGCAACACGGAGGCCAAUUGCGUCUGCAGUAUCCGCUUCCUGCCGCCCUCCUCAGCGUGAUUGUUGCCCUCAUGGGUUGCUAGUAGUAGACUUCUAGAUUAAGGAACUAACAAUACUAAGAGUCGUUUAUUAUUAUGUAUGAAGAACAAACCACGGCUACAAAAUUUAAUGUCUGCUUGACUGACUCAUCGUAUAGGGCAGAAAUUUAACAUUUAUUGAAUCUAUGUUAACCUUAUAUCGGGCACAUUAUUUAACGAUAUAAGGCUACAGUGUUAUCAUAUUAUCAUAUUAUGAUAACAAAUACUAAACGAAAGUACUUAGGCCAAUUGUACUCCGGAUUUUAUAAAAAGGGUCAUCUAUAUAAGCGCCAUUUCUAAUUAACGACUCUGAGGGCUGUAAGUUUAUAAAUAUUAAGUUUUGUAAUUACAAUCAAUAUUAUCGUAAAUGGAACAAAUUAUGUUGUGAAUAUUCGAUCUGUAAUUUACAGUUAAAAUUUUGUCGAUUAUUUCAUAUAAUAUCUAAUAUUAACAUACAUUGUAAGUUUAUCGUAGAUAUUUUGUUUAAGAUAUUGUAAAUUAACAAAUAGUUUUAAAUAUAUAUUUUAAAGUAAUAAAAGGCGCAUCUUAAUCAAACAAUAAAAAAUAUGAGAGUUUCUAUAAACUAUAAAAUGUGUUUUAAAAAGCGAGAUAUAUAAUGAACAAUUUGGAAACAUAGCCCUGUGAAACUGUGAGAGCUAUCGAAUAUUUCAUGAAUCACCAUUUGCAAUCAAUAUAAAAUGAUAUCAUGAAAAAGUCGGAGAGCGAAUAAUAUGAAAUAAGUUUUUAUAGCCAUCUGUGUAAAAAACCUUAAUUGUCAUAAAUAUAUUUAAAGAGAUCGUAUAAGUGUUGAUACAAGCUUUUGGGAGAAAUUAUUCACAUAGGUACUAGGGCUUUUCUAAGAUCUCUUAUAAGAUGAAAACAUAAAAUACAAUUCUUAGUUGCGCUAGUUUAUCACCCUUAGUAAACAGCAAUUAUGUUUCUACAGUUAAAAAUGCUUGAACGAAUACAUCUUACUUUACUGAAAAGAACCACUAACAAGCUUUUCUUAGUUUUCCUUUAAGAUUUAGAACCAAGAUCUUGAGAAUGUUGCGUAAUAAAUCAAUUGAUAAAAUCUCACGAUUUGAAAAGUUUGUGUUUAAUUUUACAGUAGUAGAAGCAAUAGCUUACACACUUCAAAAAACAGUAUGCUCUGCUACAUCUCAUAUAGCUUUUAUAUACUAAAAGCCAUAUAUUAAUAAAAACAUAAUCGAAUACAUAAUCUAUCCCUUUAUAUAGCGUUCUCAGAUGUUGACACGUGUUUGUUUAUUUUAUGAGAUAUUAUCGAAUAGUUUAAUGAUGCAUUGAGAGAGUAAAUCUAAACCUAAAGUUAUGGGUUUGUUUAUAGUAGAGCUUUGAGAAUCUGUUCGUUGAAUAUCUUGGGUUAAAUGGCACACAUAAGAAAAAGGAGAAGAAACAAGUUUUACAAAUUUAAACCAAUGUGGCCUGGACUAGUUUUGACGGCGUGUACAAACGUGCCAAUAAUACAUUAUGUAAUUAAUAAGACAUUCUAUCUAUGCAAUAUAAAACUUGAAGAUAUAACAACGGAAUGCAUCUAUACAAUCCAUAUGGCCUUAUGAAUUACAGACAAAGAAAACAAAAAACUGCUCUCGGCGAAUAACUAUGGACAUAUAAAAACUUAGUGUUUGCUAAAAAAUAAAUGAGUAUGAUUUCAAUAAAGGAAGUUAAAUAUUUUAAUUGUCUUAAUAAUUAAAAGUAAUUUUUGUUAAUAAUGCAAUAUAAAGAAGAAGACGUCAGAAGCAAGCUAUACUCCUACAAAAUAAAAAUAAUAAUAAAACCCUACAAAAUAUAUUACAACAUACAAUUACCAAUGUUUAUGAAAACAAAAAUUCAUUUACAAAAUUGUAAAGAUCAAUCAUUUCAGUGAAUUCGAAUUAAACAAACGUUACAAUGCAUUGUAUGUAUUUUCAUUAACGGAUCUCCAUAAUUAUAAAUUAAAUUGUGAACAAUAAAAAGGUUUCCAAGGAUUUCUAGUAUGUGCUUCGAGAAAAAAAAUCUUGCCUACUCACAAAGAACACUUUAUAAAUUUUAUUGUAUUAGAAUUAAUCUAUGUUGAAAUCCGGUAGUAAUCGCUACGAUAGCGUACUACAGCCUUCUACGAAGUGCUACGCUAUUUAUUCAACAAUAUUUAUUGUAAUGAUUUAAAUUGAAAUUCAUGUAACGAUUAUUUUAAAAUAUAAACGUCGGGGUGAUUCAUGCAAAAUUAUUUAGACUCUAGUAAUAUAUAAUCAAUUUUUGGUAUAAAAUAAGUAUAAUUUUGUAAAUAGAAUUAAAAAAAUGUAUUUGUGUAUUUGAUUUUUAAUAAAUCGAAUUAAUCAAUAACAUUUUGUCAGUCUCCAGAAGCGUUCAAGAAUUGACUUCUAAGUCAUAAAGUGUUGUUAUAAAAACAUAUGGUCUAAAAAGUAUAAGUAGCCUCAAUUUGUUUUAUUGUAUAGGUUGAGUUUAAUAUAUUCGGCUCUUAGAUAAUUUUUUUAUUAAUAAAUUUUCACGCAUUAAAACUAGUAGGUUAGACCAUAUUGGAUAUAUAGUUAUAGGUAAUAAUAAGAUUGUAAUUAUUCGUAUUUAACUGUUUUGACGUCAUAAGGUUGUGUAAAUAAAUUCUUAAUAGAGAAAAUGAUGACAGUAUCGUAAAACAAUAGGACCAUUUUUAAAUAUUAUUUU